CUAACCUAGCCGACAUUCAGCACAAUGGGCAAAUUGGCUUUCCCCAUCGAUGCGGAGCUUACCGGCCCGGACCGUAUGGUUCUGAGCAUUUUGCAAAAAGAAUAUGAGCUACAUGACAAUGCGGCGGCCGGGUCGUCGUCGGAUUCAGCUGAGGAUUCAGACGACUCGGGUGUUAAGCACUCUAAAAUUGUCACGCCAUCACCUGAAGACCUCCAAGACCAGCAGCAACAAACAAUCGCUUAUCUCAAGAAACUCAACGACCCCAAGUCGGAUGCGUUUGAAACUACUGUUUUCAGCUCCAUUGAUGAGCCGGAUAUCAAGAAUCCUCUGAUCCGUAAAUGGAUCAUCGAUCCCUACAUUCGCUGGGCGCGGCACGUCGUUCGAGUCGAGACGGAUGUUGUCAUGAUCACACAUCUACUCCUCUAUUUCUGUACCAGCGUUCCAUCAGCCAUCUAUCUUUACAUCAACUUUCACUGGUGGCAUGCUUUACUUCAUUGUGUCAUGCAAGGUUGGUAUAUGGGAGCGUACACUCUCCUGAAGCACCAACACAUCCACAUGCGUGGUGUGCUCAACCACAAGUAUGACCUGUUCGACCGUCUGUUUCCUUACAUCCUGGAUCCGCUCAUGGGCCACACUUGGAACUCAUACUACUACCACCAUGUCAAACACCACCACGUUGAAGGUAAUGGCCCCAACGACCUCUCUUCCACGAUUCGGUAUCAGAGAGACAGCGUCUGGGACUUUAUGCAAUAUGUCGGUCGUUUCUAUUUCCUCAUCUGGUUCGACCUACCCCUGUACUUCUUGCGUACGCGUAAGCCCAACCUCGCAUUCCAAGCAGGCGGAUGUGAGAUCAGCAACUACAUCUUCUUGUAUCUCAUGUACAACUAUGUCAACGCUCGCGCAACCACUUUUGUUUACUUGAUUCCUCUCGCCUUCAUGCGCUUGGCGCUUAUGACUGGCAACUGGGGCCAGCAUGCCUUUGUCGACGAAGUCGAGCCAGACUCGGACUUUAGAUCCAGCAUAACGCUCAUUGACACACCGAGUAACCGAUACUGCUACAACGAUGGUUAUCAUACCUCGCACCAUCUCAACCCUCUUCGCCAUUGGCGCGAGCACCCUGUCGCGUUCCUUUCCCAGAAGAAGCAGUACGCCGACGAACACGCGAUAGUGUUCUACAACAUUGAUUACUUCUUUCUCACGAUAAACCUCCUGAGAAAGAACUAUGGGCACAUUGCAAAGUGCUUGGUCCCCAUGGGCGACCAGAUGAACCUCACACUUGAUGAGAAGAUUGAGAUGUUGAAGCGCAAGACGAGAAAGUUUACAGAAGAGGAGAUUGCGGAGAAGUGGGGAAAGCAGUUUGCUAAGACAAAGUAGAUUGCUAACUCAUGGCUUGAAU